AUGGAGGCCUUCAAACAGAUGUUCGAGGCCAAAUGCUCCCAAACCAAGGUCCAAGAUAAGCUCGAAAGGAAGUAUGGACUCAAGUCCGGGAGCGUCGCAAGGUCCGACAACCAGGUCCAGGCCGGCUGGGCCAGCAUGCAAGGGAAGCGGUCCACACAGGAGGACUGUGUGUUCUGCGAGUUUCUCAACAAGGAUGGCACGGAAGUGGGCUGUUUUGGGGUCUUCGACGGUCAUGGGGGCCCUGCCGCCUCCGCCUACGUGUGUGACAACCUGCCCCACAACAUACUGAACCACGACAGUUUUCAUAGCGACCUCUUCAAGGCAGUGGAGGAGGGGUUCAUCAACACUGACCAGAGGUACCUGAAGGAUGACAAGCACAUCACAAACGACGACGGCACGACCGCACUGUUCAGCAUGGUAGUGGGUCAGCGAUUGAUCACGGCGCAUGUGGGUGACUCGAGGGCAGUCAUGCACGACGGUCGGCAAGCUGUCAUGCUGUCGCGUGAUCACAAGCCCAACCGCUCUGACGAGAAGAUUCGGAUAGAGGGCUCGGGUGGCAGCGUCGUCUGGGCAGGCACCUGGCGGGUGGGUGGCGUGCUGGCCGUGUCGCGCUCCUUUGGCAACCGGCUGAUGAAGGAGUUCAUCAUCCCGCACCCUGAGAUCCGGGAGGACAUCCUCAGCGAGGACGCCGUGACGUGGGUUGUGCUCGGCUCCGACGGCCUCUGGGAUGUCAUGUCCAACGAGGACGCCGCGAAGAUGGCGCGGAAGUCCACCAGCCCAGAGGUGGCGGCCCGCAAGCUGGCGACGGAGGCCUACCUGCGUGGCAGUGAGGACAACAUCAGCGUCCUCGUGUGCAGAGUCGGCCGGGAGUGA